UAAUAAAGUGUCCUCCUUUCAAAUCUGCAGCAGCGUGAAUCAAGAUUAAAUCUAUCUAUUGAAACAUUGUUUGGAUCUUGGAUGGUGUAACUGGAGCCAAAGUGUGAUGAAGAACUAUGAGAUUUACCCUGAAUAUUAGCUUGUAUUCUAAAGAAUAGAUUUAAUAUUCCACUCUUCAGCAAUGAUUAAUUCACAGAGAAAACUAUUAUUUAAUAUUUACAUAGGAUUUUGCUGCUCAGAAGUAAUCCUGCCCAAACUAAGCAUUUGUUCUCAGUUCUCAGUAUCAUCUAGUUAUCAGUCCAGUGAGGACCCUGGGGCUUUUGCAGUAGCUACCAAUGGGGAGCCAUUUCCUUGGUAUCACCUAAGGCUCCCAAACAGUGUCAUUCCUCUCCACUAUGACCUUUUUGUCCACCCAAAUCUCACCUCUCUGGACUUUGUUGCAUCUGAGAUGAUUGAGAUUUUGGUCAGAGAUACCACCCAAUUUAUCAUCUUGCACUGCAAAGAUCUUGAAAUAAUGAAUGCCACCCUUCAGUCAGAGGAAGAUUUAAGAGAUAAGAAACCAGGGCAAAAGCUUCAUGUUUUGAGUUAUCCUGCUCAUGAACAAAUUGCACUGCUGGUUCCAGAGAAACUUAUGGCUGACCUGAGAUACUAUGUUGCUAUUGACUUUCAGGGCAAGUUAGCUAAUGGUUUUGAAGGGUUUUAUAAAAGCACCUACAGAACACUACAUGGUGAAACAAGAAUAAUUGCAGUAACAGAUUUUCAGCCAACCCAGGCACGUAUGGCUUUUCCUUGCUUUGAUGAACCAUUGUUCAAAGCCAACUUUUCAAUCAAGAUAAGAAGAGAGAGCAGACACAUCACACUAUCCAACAUGCCAAAGGUUAAAACAAUUGAACUUCAAGGAGGCCUCUUAGAAGACCACUUUGCAACUACUGUGAAAAUGAGUACCUACCUUGUAGCCUAUAUAGUUUGUGAUUUCAAUUCGGUGAGUGGUACAACUUCAUCAGGAGUCAAGGUGUCCAUCUAUGCAUCCCCAGACAAAUGGAAUCAAAUGCAUUAUGCUUUGCAAGCAUCACUGAAGCUACUUGAUUUUUAUGAAAAGUACUUUGAUAUCAACUAUCCACUCCCCAAAUUGGAUUUAGUUGCUAUUCCUGACUUUGGGCCUGGAGCCAUGGAAAAUUGGGGCCUUAUUACAUACAGAGAGACAUCAUUGCUCUUUGAUCCCAGAACCUCUUCUGUUUCUGAUAAAAUGUGGAUCACAAAAGUCAUAGCCCAUGAGCUAGCACACCAGUGGUUUGGCAACCUGGUUACAAUGGAAUGGUGGAAUGAUAUCUGGCUUAAUGAGGGUUUUGCAAAUUACAUGGAACUUAUCUCUGUCAAUGCUACAUAUCCAGAACUGCAAUUUGAUGACUACUUUUUCGAUGUGUGUUAUGCAGUAAUCACAAGAGAUUCAUUGAAUUCAUCUCGUCCCAUCUCCAAACCAGCAGAAACUCCUACUCAGAUACAGGAAAUGUUUGAUGCAGUUUCUUAUAACAAGGGAGCUUGCAUUUUGAAUAUGCUCAAGGAUUUCCUGGGUGAGGAGAAAUUCCAGGAAGGCAUAAUUCACUACUUAAAGAAGUUCAGCUAUAGAAAUGCUAAGAAUGAUGACUUGUGGGGCAGUCUGUCAAAUAGUUGUUUAGAAGGUGAUUUUACAUCUGGUGGAAUUUGUUAUUCUGAUUCCCAGGUGAAAAGUGACACACUUGCUUUUCUCGAAGAAAAUAAGAUCAAAGAGAUGAUGACUACAUGGACUCUCCAGAAAGGAAUCCCCCUGGUGGUGGUUAAACAAGAUGGGUGUUCACUCAGCAUACAACAGGAGCGCUUUCUGGAGGGAGUUUUCAAAGAGGACCCCGAAUGGAGGGCCCUGCAGGAAAGGUUCCUGUGGCACAUCCCACUGACCUACUCUACGAGUUCCUCGAACACGAUCCAUAGACAUAUUCUAAAAUCAAAGACAGAUACUCUGGACUUAGCUGAAAAAACCACUUGGGUAAAAUUCAAUGUGGAUUCAAAUGGCUAUUACCUGGUUCACUAUGAAGGGCAUGGAUGGGACCAACUGAUUACUCAGCUGAACCAGAACCAUACGCUUCUCAGGCCUAAGGACAGAAUAGGUCUGAUUCACGAUGCCUUUCAGCUGGUUAGUGCAGGAAGGUUGACCUUGGACAAAGCCCUGAACCUGACUCGCUAUCUCCAACAUGAAACAAGCAGCCCUAUACUUCUUAAAGGUCUGAGUUAUUUAGAAUUGUUAUACCACAUGAUGGACAGAAGGAAUAUUUCAGACGUCUCUGAAAAUCUCAAGCGUUACCUUCUCUGGUAUUUUAAGCAAAUGAUUGACACACAAAGCUGGAGCGACGAGGGCUCAGCCUGGGACAGGAUGCUUCGCUCGGUGCUCCUGAGGCUGGCUUGUGAACUGGGCCAUGCUCCCUGCAUCCAGAAGGCCACUGAGCUCUUCUCCCAGUGGAUGGAAUCCAGUGGAAAGUUAAAUAUUCCAACAGAUGUUUUAAAGAUUGUAUAUUCUGUGGGUGCUCAGACAACAGCAGGAUGGAAUUACCUUUUAGAGCAAUAUGAACUGUCAGUUUCAAGUGCUGAAAAAAACAAAAUUCUGUAUGCAUUAUCAACGAGCAGGCAUCAGGAAAAGCUGGUAAAGUUAAUUGAGCUUGGAAUGGAAGGAAAGGUUAUCAAGACACAAGACUUGGCAGCUCUCAUUCAUGCAAUUGCCAGAAAUCCAAAGGGUCAGCAGUUAGCCUGGAAUUUUGUAAGAGCAAAUUGGACUGAUCUCCUAAAAAAAUUUGACUUGGGCUCAUUUGCCAUGAGAACCAUCAUCUCUAGCACAACAUCUUUCUUUUCUUCCAAGGAUGAGUUGCAAGAGGUAAAACAAUUCUUUGAAUCUCUUUCGGCCCAAGGAUCACAUCUGGAUAUUUUUCAAAUUGUUCUGGAAACCAUAACCAAAAAUAUUAAAUGGCUGGAGAAGAAUCUUCCCACUCUGAGGACCUGGCUACUAGUUAAUAUCUAAAUGGUCAACAGAAAGAGAACAGUAGAUGCAGGUUUCCUCUGCAUUAAGUAAGAAAAACAACUGCAAAGCUCAAGGCAGAGUUCUGGCUAUUUUAUCUAACCAGUAGAGAGUCUCAAAAAAAUCAAAGGGGAGUGAAGGGAAGGGAAGGGGGAUGGAAAUAGGAAAGACAAUAGAAAGAAUCAGAUGU